AUGCUUAAAGUAUAUGCAAAUAAAAGGCCAGAUUCUGAUGCUUGUUCUGAAUAUAGUUCUGGCAGUAGUUCAUAUACUCCUUUACCUAGCCCCCUUGGAAGACUUCGUUCAAUGACCAAAGAAAAAGCAGAAAUCUUGCAAUUAAGAGCUGAAUUACGUUCUACCCACCAUCUUUCAUUAUUAAAUAUUGACCUUAAAGAACCAAUAGGAAAUGGUUCUUUUGGUAAAGUUUAUAGAGGUAUUUAUAGAGGAAAGUCUGUGGCUGUUAAACGUUAUAAAGUUGUUGCUUUUGGAGCAAAAACUGAAGUUGAUAUGUUUUGUAGAGAAGUUAGUAUUGUUUCUCAUUUAAAACAUCCAAAUGUAGUGGCAUUUGUUGGGGCUUGCAUGGAGGUUUUUUGA